AUGUUGCAAAAGGUGUUAUUAAUACUGUGUUCCUCUGCACUGGCCAGUGCUGGAGUCAUCGGAACUGGUUACUCUCCUUCGACAUCAGUUUCCUACACCCCACACAUUGUCAAGACUGUGUCUACUGCACCCAUUGGAUACACAAAAAUCGUUCAAUCACCGCCUGUUUACCAAACCGUUUUGACUACUAAAGAAAGCAACUUCCAAACUCCUGAUGGCGCCCAUCAUGAGAUAUACUCCAAAGACUAUAAUACAGUUUACUCUAGUAGCAAAAAUUUUGAUUCAAAGUCAAUCAAAGAUGCAAAAGUUUUAGUUUUUUUUCAUAAUAAAAUUGUUAUACUUUUUCAGUUACUAGUCCUUCUGUGCGCGUUGGCGACAGCCCGUGCGGGUGGCCUCUACGCCUCCGCUCCCGUGGCAACAUACGCCGCCGCUCCCGUCUACAAGAGCUACGCGGCUCCCGCCGUAGCGUACUCCGCUCCCGCCGUAGCGUACUCUGCUCCUGCCGUAGCCUACUCCGCCCCCAUCGUCAAGGCGGUCGCUCCCGCGGUCUCCUCCGUCUCAUCUUACUCUACCCACACCUCUCACGGAGCACCAGUGGUAGCUAAGGCUAUCGCUCCCGUCGCGACCUACGCGGCUGCUCCCGUAGCAUACGCUGCACCUGCGUACGCUGCUCAUGCAACUUACGCUGCUCCCGCAUACGCCGCACACGCGACUUAUGCUGCUCCCGCUGCGUACGCCGCGCCCGCUGCCUACGCCUCAUACGCGCACGCUGCCCCCAUCAGCUACGCUAAGACCUACGCCCCCGCUGUGACAUACGCUCAAGCUCCCAUCGCCACGUACGCUGCGCACGCUCCUUCCUACGCGGCGUACUCCGCCGCCCCGGUCCUGAAGUCCGCUGUGACCUACUCCGCCGCUCCCGUCGUGUCCCACGUGGCUUACAGCGGUCACGCCGCCAACUACGGCUGGUGAUCAUCUUACCCUCUGUACAAAUCUAGUUGUUUAUGUUUUGUAUAUAUACUUUUAUACAUCAAGAAUAAAAUUUAAAAAAUGAAAGGC